UCCCUCCCCCACCCUCCCCCCUCCCCCCCUCCUCCUCGCCGAGUCGCCGUCCCUUCGCUUUCAACCCCCCUCGGGCGAAAGCAAGAAUUCCUCGCUAGAAUCCGACCCCGGGCCGAUUUGCGUGGCUUCUGUGCGGCCCUUUCUGCGCCAUGGACUUCUGAUCCGGGGCCUCUCUCGGAUCUUGGGGGGAAGAAGGUGGGUGGCGGGCGGUGGGCGGUGAGCCGGCCGGGAGAUGGCCGGCGGGAAGGAGCCGAUCGAGGUCAAGUUCCGGCUCUUCGACGGCACGGACAUCGGCCCCAGCAAGUACGACCCCGCCACCACCGUCUCCGCGCUCAAGGACUUCAUCCUCGCCCGGUGGCCGCAAGAUAAGGAAAUAACUCCAAAAACUGUCAAUGACCUGAAGCUCAUCAAUGGUGGAAAGAUAUUGGAGAAUAACCGGACACUUGCCGAGUCGCGUGUUACAAUAGGAGAGGUCCCUGGAGGUGUAAUUACAAUGCAUGUGGUAGUGCGCCCUCCACAAGUUGACAAAAACCGUGAGAAGCAGCUGGGCAAUUCCCCCAAGCAGAACAGAUGCGGAUGCACCAUACUGUGAUACGGCACCCCCCUGGUGAUGUUCGAUGCGCCUAGUUGUAGAAUUUCACUUGUGCUUUUGUUGCGUCCACGACGCGGUGUGUAUUCAUUUUGACAUCCAGUUCAUGGAGCCAUUGAAACUCGAUCUAGAAACGCAUGCAUGUACUCCUGAAAGCAUGUUUGGGAAUCUGGUGGGACUGGCUGGGAGUGAAGGUUCCUCCUUGGGAUGUUGCUGAUGUGUGCAGGAGUCAAGGAAUGGAUUGGAUGCUUGCUGUUGUGUAAAUUGUAAUGUGGAAACAACCAUCUUUUCAUUUUUCCUUUGGCCAUGUUUGACAUUAUAUCGAUUCUUUUUAGCGCUGCUGUUUGCCAUGUAAAACAGAUAUAUUGUACCAUUGGAAUAUAUAUACGGUUUUGCUAAA